CCGGGAUCAAGAUGGAGGUCGUUGUUGGAACUUACGACCCCCUUUUACUAGGAUUUCAACUCAUCAGAAACCCCGACAAUGAAAAAAGCUUUCGUUUCGAGCCAAAAUUUGUAGACCGAGGCCAUGCUGGAUGCGUAAAAAGUGUCGUUUGCGAUCAAGAAGGGUCGAUACUAGCCUCUGGGAGUACAGACGAAAGUAUCAGGUUGUUCAGUUUAAAAGACCACAGAGAACUUGGUUCUUUGCAUCAACAUGAAGGUUCAGUGACAUCUUUGACAUUUUGUGGCAAUACCCACAUGUUAAGUGCCAGUGAAGAUAAAACUAUAUGUGUUUAYGACUGCAAAACCUGGGAAUGUUUGAAGGUCCUCAAAGGACACAAAGGGACUGUAAAUUCCAUAUCUGUUCAUCCUUCAGGAAGAUUAGCAAUGUCUGUUUCAAAAGAUAAGCAUCUCAGGACUUGGAACUUGGUGACUGGACGAUCUGCUUAUGUCACACAUAUCAAAGAAGAUGCAACAUUGAUAAAAUGGUCACCGUCAGGAGACUGCUAUGCUUUAGUGAUUGGAAAUAAAAUUGUCCUCUAUAAAUUGGCUACUGCUUCACUGUCAUGUACCCUUGAACUACCGCGACCUGUUCUUGCCAUUCAGUUCUUAACGGAAAAGUACCUCGUGGCAGGUGGUGAAUUUGAUGGCAUUCGAGUCUUUGAUAUCGAGAAAGAAACUUGUAUCCAGACAGUGUCCGGYCAUGAGAGCAGAGUCAAAGCAAUCGAGGUUGUCUGUAAUCCAUUCCCAGACGAAGACAGCAAAUGUCUUCUUGUCUUCUCUGUUUCAUCGGAUGGUGAUCUAAGGGCGUGGUCUUUUAAUCGAGACAAUUUCGAAGAAGAAGCCAGCUUGUUAGCUCGAUAUGAAAUGAAUGGACGACCGACAUGCUUAACAGUUUCUUAUCCCGGAAAACUUUCACAUUCUAAAAAGAAUACCGAAACAGAACAGAAAGUCCAAGAGAAGCAAGAAGACCAUGACAUUAGUGAACAAAGACCUCGAGAUUCAGGUGUCGAACCAACGAAGAAGAAAAUAAAGAAAAAGAAGAAAGGUUCGUCAAAAAAGAAAAAGAAGCCAGUUGACGGUGAAGAAACAACAACAGCCCAACCUAGUGAAUUACACGAAGAUGAAGACGAGGAAAUGGAAAAAUCGACAUAAUGUAAACAUGAAAAAUUGGAAUAAAAAAGUUGGAAAAAA